UUUUGCUUCGCGCACAAGGCGGAUUACUUUCAAAACGUUCGUAUCCUUUCCCAAGCCCUACCGCUAAUUCAAGAAAAUAAAACUGGAAAAAAAACAAAGGAAAUCAAAACACACAACCAUUUCAAAACCACAAUAAUAAAAAAGAAUUUAAAACAACAGAAUAACAAGAACCCACGUCGCCGCCUCCAAAAGCAAAGCAAAGAGAUCAUCGGGAAACCCCGAACGAUCGAAGCUCUCCGCUGUCGUAUCCCCACCGUCACCGGUGAUCCGGUCCGCCGGAAUCCGCAUGCCAGAAAGUUCAUGACUCCCGGCCGGCGAUGCCUCCGGCGAUCGUAGAUUUCCGGACACCGGCCGCCGCCUCACCCCAGGUCCGUUCCAAGCGAUUCUCUUCUCAAAACUCUAGAAAAGGUCAGAUCCCCGCCCCUCCCUCCCCUUUCUUCUUCGAUCCCGUCGGCAUUUCCGCCACCGAUCGCCCCUCCCCCGCCGCCUCUGCCCGUCCCAUGGAUCGGACGAACCUUGGGCAUUCAUUUCCGGGCUCCGGGAACUCCAUUGAUGAUGGAUUCGGUGGUGGUUUCGCCUCCUCUACUCCUUCUUUCCCUCCCUCCCCGUUCCCCUCGGUUUCGGCCUCCGGGAAGCCCUCGCUAGCGGCGGGGCUCUCGAAGCCCCGACUCGUGAAGGUGAGGAAGCAUGUCGCGUCCCCCCGGGUAUGGCCUACUGUGGCUUCGGAUGCGGCGGAUGACUCCGGGUUCAACCCGUUUAGAUCGGCGCCGGCGGCCUCGGCCGCCGACUCCGCCAAUCAGGAGGGUGGUGGAACGCGGGGGCUGAAUGAGAAGCUUCAUUCGUGGAAACCUUUCGAUCCUGAAUCAGGAAUUAGGGUUCCUGAGAAUUCCAGUUGUCCAAAUUCGAGUAGUUUUGAGCCUGUGAAGUCCGAGAGUGCUGGUUUUGUUUUUGGUGCUGGUUCCACCUGCGCUGCCGAUCAGGAGGGUGGUGGAAUGCGGGGGCUGAAUGAGAAGCUUCAUUCGUGGAAACCUUUGGAUCUGGAGUCAGGAAUUAGGGUUCCUGAAAAUUCAAGCGGUCCAAAAUCGAGUAGUUUUGAGCCUGUAAAGUCUGAGAGUUCUGGUUUUGUUUUUGGUGCUGGUUCUGCUUCGAAACAAAGUGUAAAUAUUGGGUCUGAGAAUGCAAAAGAUCGUGCAUUUAGUUUUGUUGGUGAGGGAAGCCGAGCUUUUGAUGCAGGUCGGUCUGUAUUUGGGAGUGGUGUGAAGAAAAAUUCUGAUUCGGGACAAAGCUCGUCAGAGAAUUUGAGUGGUCCCAAUUUGGGUAGUUUUGAAUAUGGGAAGCCUGAAAGCUCUGAUUUUGUUUUUGUUGCUGGUUCUGCAUCAAACCACAGCAAAAAAAAUAUUGGCUCUGGAAAUAGUCUAGAUCGUGCUAAUAGCUUUGGUAAUGAGGGAAGUGUUGGUUCUGAAACAGGUGUUUUUAUGUUUGGGAGUGGUGUGAACAUGAGUUCUGAUUCAAGAUGGAACUCACCAGGUAAUUCAAGUGGCCUGAAUUUGGGUAAUCUUGAAUCUGUGAAGUCUGAGAGUGCUGAUUUCAUCCUUGGUGCUAGUUCUGUUUCAAAUUCGAAUAAGCCAGACCACACAUUAAAUUUUGCCAGCAAAGAUAGCAGCAAUUCUGAUCCACGUGCUUUUAUACCUGGGAGUAGUGUGGAGAAGAGUUCUAAUAUGAGUCAGAACUUGUCAGGAAAUUCGACUGGUCCAAAUAUGGGUAGCUUCAAAACUGGAAAUUCUGAAAGCACCGCAUUUGUCUUUGGUUCUAAUGCAGGUUCAUUUUCAGAUAUCAAAAGUGUUGGGUCACGGAGUGCAGUAGGGGCUGCAACUGGUGGUGGGAAAUCCGAUUCAGGUGUUUUUGUAUUUGGGAGUGGAACACAAAAAGGUGCUAGCUCAAGUCAGAACUGGGCAGAAAUUUCUGGCAUUCCAAACUUGGGCAGUUCUGAAUCUGUGAAGCCCGAAGAUGCUAAUUUUAUCUUUGGCUCAAGUUCAACAUCAAAUAUGGGAUGCAGAAGUAUGGAGUCAGGGAACACUUUGGGUGGUGAAUUUAGUUUUACAAGUGGGAGAAGUUUGAAUACUGACACAGGUGUCUUUGUAUUUGGGAGUCAUACCAGAAAGGGUUCUAAUUUGAGUCAGAGCUCAUCUAUCAGCUCUGAGCCGGGCCCAUUCUCAAAGCUCCCUGAUGAAAUGAGAAAGCUGAACUUGCAGAGCUCCAGUAAUGAGGAGGGUUUUGAGAAGGCAAAGCAACAUGAUAAUAGGACUAAGGUUGAUCAGAGAAAUGAAUUCAUCUUUGGUGGCAACCAGAAUGAUCCCAGUUCCGUCUGUGGUGGUGCUGUAAAUAUGCUGCCAGAGGAGAUGAAGAAGUUGAAUAUAGGAAGUGCGACAGCAUCCAAGAAUGCAAAAAGUGAAAGCAUGGAUCAGACAGCAAACAUGUUUGCCUUUGGAAGCAAUACGAAGAAAACUUCUGCUUCAAAUCAGACAUCAGCCAAUUCAUUCACUAGUUUUGAGAAGAGCACUUGUAUGGAGCUGCCGAAUGACAUGCAGAAGGUGAACACUGAUGAUUUAAGGAAUGAUGAUAGUUUCACCAAGACAGAAAAUAUUGAUUAUCAGUUCAAGGUGGAUUUUAGCAAUGGGCCUAAUGGCCUCACUUUCCCAAGUAACACAGAUGUACCUGUUUCUUUCAAAGGAAAUGGGGUAAAUACACUACACAAUGACAUGGAGAAGUUGGAUAUCAACAAACCAGAAAAUUCAACUGGAAAGCCAGAUCAGACAGAUUAUUCAGCUGGAGAUGCUUAUACUUCCUUUAAAUUUACUUUUCGAGGAAAACAGGAUGCCAAUUCAACAGCGGGCCAUGUUCCACCAUCUAAAACACAAGAACAUUUUACAUCCAGUAGCGUUGCUACACCUUUUUGUCCAUCAUCAUCUGGCCCUGGUUUUCAGUCUGUUGGGACCGAGUUCACUUUCACAAGCAAGCAUGGAGGACUGGAAACACCACAUGUGGAGUUUAGAACUCAUAAACAGGAUGGCCAUGGGUUGUCUAAGGAGAAUUUGUUUGCUGGACCACAUCAUAAUAUGGCAUUCAAUGUGAAGAAGGGUGAUGUUCAAAGUACAAGAACAAAGAAGAGGAGAGGUAAAUCAAGACAGUCUGGCCCAGCCCACCAGACCUUUGCUAAACCAUUUAUUUCAAUGGAAAAGGGUCCCUUGGAAAAUAUGAAACCUGAGUCUCCUGGUGGUUAUUCACCAAUGGAUUAUUCUCCUUAUCAGGAGAAUUUAGGAGCUGAUCAGUGCUCAAGAGAAGCAUCAGUGGCAUCCGGUGAGUCCAUACAUUUUUUCUCCCGCUGUGCAUCAGCUGAUACAGAAAGAUCAUUUUCUGUAGAUGAAAGAGAAGAAGACUUGGUCUCUGCAACAAAGUGCUUAAACAUCAAUGAAGAUGAUCUAAAACAUGAUAGUGAUGGUUCUAAAAGCCACAUUGAGAAGGAUUUCGCUGCCAAAUUUUCUGUUAUGGAUGAGCAAAAUUCUGGUCCUGGCAGAGAAAGUCUUUUUUUCAAGUCUAACAGUGCAGGUCUCAGUAGUGACACUAAUAAUGCUGCAAUGGAAGCAGAAACUGGUCCUUUUGGCUCUACUUUUGAGAGGCAAGCAAGCGAGGGUGGAACAUGCUUCACCUUUGUAACCAGCCCAGAGGACUUUGGUGGAUCAAACUUUGCAUUUGCUGCAUCUACUUUUGCUCAAGGUCCAUUAUCAGCAGCAAAACGCCACCAUAGAAGGAAAAGUAGGAUGAAAACUGGUCAUGAUUUGUAUACUUCCACUUCAAAUGCCAGUGCUCCUUUGGCUUCUUCCACUUCAAAUCUGUUUUCAGUUACCAGCACUUCUAUGCAACCAGAUCCUGCACAAGACAUAAAAGGCCUACCAUCUUUUCAUGAGGGUGGAGAUGAUAACAGAGCAGAAACAAAUAGAAAAACAGAGUCCAACAAAGAGGACAUAACCAAAGAUGCGGCAAGUGUAGCAGCAGAGGAAGCCUGUGACAAGUGGCGUCUCAGGGGCAACCAAGCUUAUGCAAAAGGACAUCCGUCUAAAGCAGAGGAGUAUUAUACUCAUGGGGUGAAUUCCAUCUCUCCAAAUGAAACUUCUAGGAAUUGCAGUAGAGCAUUGAUGCUGUGCUAUAGUAACCGUGCAGCUACACGGAUGUCUCUUGGAAGAAUGAGAGAAGCACUCAAUGACUGUAUGAUGGCUGUUGCAAUUGAUCCCAGCUUUCUUAGGGCUCAAGUUAGGGCUGCAAAUUGUCAUCUUGCACUGGGAGAUAUUGAAGAUGCAUUGGAGCAUUUUAAGAAGUGCUUGCAAUCAGAUGAUGAUGCUAGUUUGGGCCAGAAAAUCUUAUUAGAAGCUUCUGAAGGUCUGCAAAAAGCUCAGCAAGUGGCUGAUUAUAUAGUUCGGGCUAAGGAGCUUUUGCUAAAAAGAACACCUAAUGAAGUGACACAGGCCUUGCAGUUCAUCUCUGAAGCCCUGUCAAUAAGUUCUCAUUCAGAAAAUUUGCUGGAGAUGAAAGCAGAGGCUCUAUUAAUGCUGCAUAAUUAUGAAGAAGUAAUUCAAUUGUGUGAACAAUCUCUGGAUUCUGCCAAAAGAAAUUCUUUCUUGGCUGGCUCUGAUGAUCAACUUGAGAAUCCAGAUUCCUCUGGACAGACAAAAAGUUCUUCGGUGAAGCUUUGGAGGUGGCACCUCAUUUCCAAGUCUUACUUUUAUUUAGGAAAACUUGAGGAAGCUCUUGAGUUGCUAAGGAAGCAUGAACAAGUGAAACCCAUUGGAGAAAGGUGUGGAGACAAGUCUGCAGAAACUUCCGCAUCACUUUUUGUCACCGUGCGUGAACUAUUGCGGCUUAAAGCUGCUGGGAAUGAAGCAUUUCAAGCAGGAAGGCAUGUGGAGGCAGUGGAACAUUAUACUGCUGCUUUAGCAUGCAAUACUGAAUCACGUCCUUUCACUGCGAUAUGCUUUUGCAAUCGUGCUGCAGCAUACCAAGCCCUAGGCCAAAUCACUGAUGCCAUCGCUGAUUGCAGUCUAGCAAUAGCUCUUGAUCCUAGUUAUCCAAAGGCUAUUUCUAGAAGGGCAACCUUACAUGAGAUGAUCAGGGACUACGGGCAGGCAGCUAAUGAUCUCCGUAGACUAAUAUCCUUCCUUGAAAAGCAAUUGACAAAUAAAGGCAAUCAGUCAGGGUCAUUGGGAAAAUCAACUAGUAGCAAAAAUGAUGUAAACCGAGCCCGUUUAAGGCUUUCUUCAGUGGAGGAGGAGGCCGGAAGGGAAACCAUGUUGGAUAUGUAUAUGAUUUUGGGAAUUGAUCAAUCAAGCUCUGCAGCUGAUGUGAAGAAGGCAUACCGUAAAGCUGCACUCAAACAUCAUCCAGACAAGGCUGGUCAGUUCUUAGCAAGGAGCGAGAAUGCUGAUGAUGGGCUUUGGAGAGAAGUGGCUGAGGAAGUCUAUAAAGAUGCUGAUCGAUUAUUUAAAAUGAUAGGAGAGGCAUAUACCAUACUUUCAGACCCUGCCAAGCGCCUGCAAUAUGAUGCGGAAGAGGAGAUUAGGACAACCCUGACAAAGGGUUACAAUAUGAGCAGGACACCUAAGACCUCAGCAGAUUACUACAGCAGCCAGUAUGAGAAGAGGAGUAACAUGCGUCAGUGGCGGUCAUAUGGAAGUCCGCAUAAGCGAUGGUCAGAAUUUACACAUUCCAAUAUAUAGUUUUUCGGACAUUCAAGUGAUGGGACAGUGUAUGAUCCAGAAGCUUCAUUUCUUGGAUUGCUUUCAAAGUUUUGCCUCGGAGGGCAACCAUAGUGGUGCUGAAUCCAUUCGAAAUGAUGAAGAUAGUAUCUAUGUCAGCCCAUGACCUGAUUAAAAUUAUCUAAUGCCUUCUAUAUACAUUGAAAGACAUAAUCAUGAAGCUCAUCAAAUCCUCUUAUGGAGUUAUGGCAGCGGACUUACUUGAGUUGUAGAUAUGGAGCUUACUGACAUCAGGAAGUGAUCUAUUCUGUCAAAGUUCAGCCAUCAAGUGAUAGUUUUUGAACCACGUGGCUGCAUUGCACGGAGCCAAGAUUCCUUUCUCCCCUAGUUUGAUGGUAGGGGAGAUGUCUAGCAAGAGAGAUUUCUUCUUGUUCUUCAUCUCCUGAUCCAGUUUUUCUUGUGAUUGUACCAAGUGUUGAUGUGCCAUACGAAACAGAGAUAAAAGCUUUGGAUGUGCUUGUGGCUAGCAUCAUGAUUUAACCUGUAAAUUGAGUAAGCUGUUGUUUCAUAUAUGGUGUUUCUGAGUUAUUUCUGCUGUUAAUGUUGAUCUUGUUGCUAAAG